AGCAGAAGAAUAGCACCGCGCCAGUCGGGCGAGCUCUCAAAAAGAAAACAGUGAAAAAACAAGAAGAAGAAGAAGAAGAAAAUUCAGGGACGACGAGAAGAAGGGCCAAAACAAAAGCCAUGUCGAAGCGGAGCGGGAGCGGAAGCGCUCCGUCGCCUCGCGAGCGGAGUCCAUGACGCGAGCCCGGAGGCACGCGACUGAUCUCGACGGCGGAAUCGCUUGAAGCAGCCGGACGGACAAUCGGUGAGCUCGGCGAUUCGCUGCCGGGAUAUCGACGGAAUAAUCAGAGAGCAGAAUGAGCAGCGACGAUUUUGAUGCGCAGGCCUUGGCCGAGAAGCUGUCUAAGCUCAACAACUCGCAACAGAGCAUCGAAUCCUUGUCCCAGUGGUGUGUUUCUCACAGGAAGAAGGCCAAACAAAUUGUUGAAACAUGGGAUAAAUUAUUUAAUUCUUCUCAGAAGGAGAAGUGUGUUUCUUUACUUUAUCUAGCCAAUGACAUUCUGCAAAAUAGUAGGAGAAAGGGUAGUGAAUUUGUGAAUGAGUUUUGGAAAGUUCUACCUGCAGCGCUUAAGCAUGUCUAUGGAAAUGGAGAUGAACAUGGAAAGAAAGUGGUGACCAGACUGGUUGAUAUAUGGGAUGAAAGGAAAGUUUUUGGUUCGCGUGGGCAUGGCCUUAAAGAUGAGAUGCUAGGAAAAGAUCCUCCUCCCGUGUCUGUGAGCAAUGGAAAGAGUUCGAAUCCCAUUAAAAUUGUGAAGAGGGAUGCUAGCUCAGUAAGAGUGAAAUUAGCUGUUGGAGGUCUGCCAGAAAAAAUCCUAACUGCCUAUCAAUCAGUAUUCGAUGAACAUUCUACUGAAGAGGCUGCUUUAGACAAAUACAGUGCUGCAGCAACCCAGGUGGAAAAAAUUGAGGAAGAUGCUGAAAGUAACUUGACUCAAGGAAGCCAGCAAGGUUCUGCAUUGGUAGAACAUCUACAAGAUCAAGAAAAUAUUAUUAAGCAGUGCAUAAGUCAACUUGAAAAUUCUGAAGCAACAAGAGCUACCUUGAUUUCCCAGCUUAGAGAGGCGCUUCAUGAGCAAGAGUCAAAGUUGGGACAUGUGCGUGCUCAAAUGCAAGGUGAAUCUGGAUGCUGCGAAUGUUGGCAGUCAUGCCCCACUACACUCUGCCAUGCGCAGCCAGACAGUGCCAUCUGCGUUUUGCUUUCUGCAUUUGGUCUUUCGGCUCUCUGUCAUGAUGCUCGAGUUCGGGUCGAACAUGCAAGUAAUUUGCGGAAAAGGCUGAUAGCACCCUCUGUUCGUUCACCCCAUGGCCCUGUUAACUCAUUCUUAGAAAGGCCGAGGAUGGAGCAAAGCCUGCCUUCAAUUCAACUGACGAGCAACGCGACUCCGCCUCCUCACUCCCAACCUGCGAUGCCUUUUACCUCCCUCAAAACUUCCGAUGAAGAAAGCAAGAAAGCUGCAGUCGCUGCAAUUGCUGCUAAGCUUUCCUCCUCUACAUCUUCUGCCCAAAUGCUUACCUCGGUACUUUCAUCCCUCGUUGCAGAAGAGGCUGCCUCAAAGAAUGGUGGCUUGAAGUCCACCUCAUUUUCCUCGGCUUUGCCCAUCUUUUCGCAUGAGAAAAGGCCCAAACUUGAGAAAAUGCCUGUUUCCAAUUCUGGCAACUCCGAUUUGGGAAACUUGUCCUACUUUAGCCCUCUACAGCAGCAAUCGGGGAGCAACAUGCCACUCGCAACAUCAGUGGGCAUGCAACCUGCGUCACAAUCCAAUCAAAUGCAAGCGCCAUUUGCUUCACCACCUCCCCCGCCGCCACUGCCUUCCAGUCUAUCUUCUGCAAACCUAUCUGGGAGUCAAUAUGUCCAAUCUGCUGGGAUGAAUAUGAUGGCGGGCCUGAUUCCUUAUGGAUAUGGAGCGAGUCUACCACCACCGCCUCCCCUACCACCACCACAUAUCGGUCUGCAGCCCUUGGCAAGGCCUGCCCUGCAGCCACCUCAGCAGCCACACGUGGAGCAACCGCAGCAGCAUCAGCAACCUGCCUCUGGGGGAUAUUAUCAGCCACCAGGCCUUGGCUUCUUCGGACAAAGCCAUCAACCAGCAACACCGCCAGUACCGAGGCAGUGAAUUCUACUUAUUUGAGACCAGGGGCUUCCUUUUAAGAGCAAAUAUUCACGGCAAUUCAGUGGCAAAGCCGUUCUUUGGAUGAGCGUACUUGAAACUUUCUAUAUGUCUUGAGGUCGCGAUGUUUACAGUGUCGUCUUGUAAAUUAGUAGAGGAUUAGCAACUGUUGUAAUGGGAUUAAUCGCAACACCCUCCCUCCCUCCCUCUCCAGGACGUCACAACAAAAGUCAGGAAGAAGUCGCAGCUCCAGUGAGAGGAGGAAAGGAGGGGGAGGGGUGGCGGGGGGUUUCGGGGAGGACAGGUGGUUUCCGGGAGGCGCUUGGCCAAAGGAAUGUUCAGAUAUCUGUACUUUAGUUUUAGAUGAUGAAGUAGCUGGACUGUACUUUUAUUCGCUGCUUCAACGAUUAGCACUGAAUCAUGCCAAUAAGUUAUACUCUCA